GUAGUUUUUCAACUUUGAUGAAAACAUCAUAAACAAGGCCAAAGUUCAAAAGUUAACAUUAAUUUACUUUUAAACGUACAUUUAAGGCGCGUACUUUCCUAAGAAAUUCGAAAAUGACUCUUAAAUUGUAUUUUGAUCUUAUGUCACAGCCAUCUCGAGCUUUGUACAUCUUAUUAAAAAAUAUUAAAUGUGAUUUUACUCCAGUGCCUGUAGACUUACGAAAAGCUGAACAUUAUUCUGAAGAAUACACAAAAAUCAACCGAUUUCAAAGGGUUCCUGUUAUAGAUCACAAUGGGUUUAUCUUGAUUGAAAGUGUAGCUAUUUUGAAAUACUUAUCGCAUGAAGGCAUUAUCCCUGAGAGCCUGUAUCCAAGAGAUUCCAAGCAAGCGGCAAGGGUUGAGGAGUUCCUAGAAUGGCAACACUCAGGUCUGAGACUACACUGUGCCAUGUUCUUUAGAGUCAAGGCCUUGGACCCAAUAAUAACUGGUAAAACUCCAGAGCCUAAGACUGUGCAGGGAUAUGAGCACCGCAUGGAGAAUGCCCUGGGGAUGUUUAAUGACCUGUGGCUAGGAGAAGGCAGACAGUUUGUGGCUGGAGACAGCAUUAGUGUGGGUGACUUGCUUGCUGCAUGUGAAGUUGAGCAGCCUAGGAUGGCUGGUUACGACCCUAAAGACAAGUACCCGAACAUCGCCGACUGGAUGCGGAGAGUUCGCGACCAUUUCAACCCCUACUAUGACGAGGGGCAUGCCAUCCUCAACAAGAUUGUGAAGAACAAGAGCAAAAUGGCUCCUAAACUUUAAGGCAUCUUGUAUAAUUUGUAUAAAGCUCAAAAGAAGGAAAUAAAAAUAAAUUUCCAUUCCAUAUUUCCAUAAGAUGUAAUUUUAUGCGAGUAAAACUAAGCGCCUGGGAAUCGUGUGCGAAAGAAAAGUCGGCGUAAUUUUAUUCUACGCGCGCUAGGAUAUUGCCUCGUGACGUGCUUCGUUCUGUGUGGACCUUUCUAAUGACUGUUUCAGCAAUCAAAUAAUUUGAAACAUUUGAAAUAAAUGUCCGUCCAUUUGUAACUUGUGUCCAUCCAGGACUUGUUGUCAAGUUGAUGGAAUACUAAUAGUUUUAAUUCGCUACUUACUAUGUAACAAAUCAGUUAUAAACAGUGUGCAUUUUCAUUGUGAUUAAUGUACUGCAUGCAGUUAAAUUUUAUUAAUAUAAGAAACUUGUAAUAUUUGUCAACGAUAUUUUGUUUGAUCGGAUAAUGUGCAAUCAUUCUAUAUUUAUGUUUUAAACACCUUUUAUACAAAUAUAUAUUUUACGAAUACAGUUAUUUUUGUAAGUACUAAAA